AAUUCUCUGGCUGCCCGUCUCAGGCAUGGCAGUUAAGGCACGUGCCCUGGAUUGCCUAGGCAUGAGUCUUGGCACUGCCACCUUGUUGGGUGACUUAAUUAACUCAUCUGAGCGGGUUGAAAACUGAUUGAUAAGAGGACCUGCCUCAGGAUCGGGAAACAAUGAAGGGAGACACCAGACAGCUCAACAGAGAGGAGGACGCCAGCGGGAGGGAAGACUCCAUCAUCACUAACGGGGUCUGCAGCGACCAGUCAUCUGACUCCAAGGAUGCACCCUCACCCCCCAUCCUGGAGGCCAUCAGCACCCCGGAGAUCAGAGGCCGCAGAUCAAGCUCACGAUUGUCCAAGAGGGAGGUUUCCAGUCUGCUAAGUUAUACUCAGGAUCUGACGGGUGACGGAGAUGGUGAAGGGGAAGAUGGGGAUGGCUCUGACACCCCAGUGAUGCCCAAACUCUUCCGUGAAACCAGGACUCGGUCUGAAAGCCCAGCAGUCCGAACCCGAAAUAACACCAGUGCCUCCAGCCGGGAGAGGCACAGGCCCUCCCUACGUGCCACCCGAGGCCGGCAGGGCCGCAAUCACGUGGAUGAGUCCCCCGUGGAGUUAUCAGCUACCAGGUCCCUGAGGCGGCGUACAGUAUCCUUGGCAGGCACACCGUGGCCAUCCCCAGGCAGCCCCUACCUCACCAUUGACCUCACAGAUGACGAUGUGGUGCCCCAGAGCAGCAGCACCCCCUAUACCCGCCUAGCCCAGGACAGCCAGCAGGAGGGCUUGGAGUCCCCGCAGGUGGAUGCAGAGGGUAGAGAUGCUGACAGCGCGGAGUAUCAGGAUGGGAAGGAGUUUGGAAUAGGGGACCUCGUAUGGGGAAAGAUCAAGGGCUUCUCCUGGUGGCCUGCCAUGGUCGUGUCAUGGAAGGCUACCUCCAAGCGCCAGGCCAUGUCUGGCAUGCGGUGGGUCCAGUGGUUUGGUGAUGGCAAGUUCUCUGAGGUGUCUGCAGAUAAGCUGGUGGCCCUGGGGCUGUUCAGCCAGCACUUUAACCUGGCAACCUUCAAUAAGCUGGUGUCUUACAGGAAAGCCAUGUACCAUGCAUUGGAGAAAGCCAGGGUACGGGCUGGCAAAACCUUCCCCAGCAACCCUGGAGACUCGUUGGAGGACCAGCUGAAGCCCAUGUUAGAGUGGGCCCACGGGGGUUUUAAGCCCACUGGGAUCGAGGGCCUCAAGCCCAACAACAAGCAACCAGGCUCCUGUUUUCCCCGUACCCCUGCCCCCGCUGCCAUCUCCUUACCUUCCACAGAGAACAAGACUCGAAGACGCACAGCUGACGACUCAACUGCCUCAGACUAUUGCCCCCCACCCAAGCGCCUGAAGACAAACUGCUAUAAUAACGGCAAAGAUCGAGGAGAGGAGGACCAGAGUCGAGAACAAAUGGCUUUGGAUGUUAGCAACAACAAGAGUAACCUGGAAGAUAGCUGUUUGUCCUGUGGUAGGAAAAACCCCGUGUCCUUCCACCCUCUCUUUGAGGGUGGCCUCUGCCAGACAUGCCGGGACCGGUUCCUUGAGCUGUUCUACAUGUAUGAUGAUGAUGGUUAUCAGUCCUAUUGCACCGUGUGCUGUGAAGGUCGUGAGCUGCUCCUCUGCAGCAACACUAGCUGUUGCCGGUGCUUCUGUGUGGAGUGCCUGGAGGUCUUGGUGGGCACCGGCACGGCAGCAGAUGCCAAGCUGCAGGAGCCCUGGAGCUGCUACAUGUGCCUCCCGCAGCGCUGUCAUGGUGUCCUGCGGCGCCGGAAGGACUGGAACGUGCGCUUGCAGGCCUUCUUCACCAGCGACAUGGGGCUCGAAUACGAAGCCCCCAAGUUAUACCCUGCGAUUCCCGCAGCCCGAAGGCGGCCCAUUCGAGUCUUAUCCCUGUUUGAUGGAAUUGCAACAGGGUACUUGGUCCUCAAAGAAUUGGGCAUCAAAGUGGAGAAAUACGUCGCUUCCGAAGUGUGUGAAGAAUCCAUCGCUGUUGGAACUGUGAAGCAUGAGGGCAACAUCAAAUAUGUGAAUGACGUCAGGAAUAUCACGAAGAGAAAUAUUGAAGAAUGGGGCCCCUUUGACUUGGUGAUUGGUGGAAGCCCAUGCAAUGAUCUCUCAAAUGUGAACCCUGCCAGGAAAGGCCUGUAUGAGGGUACAGGCCGGCUCUUCUUUGAGUUCUACCACCUGCUGAAUUACACACGCCCCAAGGAGGGUGAUGACCGGCCCUUUUUCUGGAUGUUUGAGAAUGUGGUAGCCAUGAAGGUGGGCGACAAGAGGGACAUCUCUCGCUUCCUGGAGUGUAACCCAGUGAUGAUCGAUGCCAUCAAAGUGUCUGCUGCUCACAGGGCCCGCUACUUCUGGGGCAACCUGCCGGGAAUGAACAGUCACACACAGAGAGAGAGGCAGAGACCUAGGCAGAGGGAGAAGCAGGCUCCAUGCACCGGGAGCCCGGCGUGGAAUUUGAUCCCGGGUCUCCAGGAUCGCACCCUGGGCCAAAGGCAGGCGCCAAACCGCUGCGCCACCCAAGGAUCCCUUGCAUUUUCUUUAGCCAAGAACUUUUCCCACCUUUUUUCUUUCCAUGUUCAAAGCCACAAAGUAAGUGGCUUAGCAAAGGAUUCAUUGUCUCCUCCAUGUGGUUUCUGGGGGAUACAAACUGCUAAUUAAGAUACAAAAUAUGAUGGUAAUGUGACAUUCUAAACUUACAAAUGAGUUAAACUUAAAAAAAAUUCCUCCUUUAGAAGGAAGUGCUGGAAGCAUAAUAACUUUCAGGCAUUUAGCAAAGUGUGAACAGAGGGGAGAAGAUGCUAGAAUAUCUUAAAGCAUUUCUUUUGGGUGUGUUGCAGUUUUAUUUGGCUAAUCAGCCAGCGAAAUGGAAAAUGUCUAUGUCUGGAUGAAGUGGACUCUUCACUCAACGCUUGAGCACUCACACUGUGCCAGGCAUUGCUGUCCGUGUUGCCAGUUUAGUGGGGAACACAUUAGAUGUUAGCCUUGGCUCUCAUGGGGUUGACAUGCUAAUGGGGGAUGGGCAGAGAAGACCCUAAAUUAUUUCAUAAUCAUGGCUGGAGGUUUGGGGCAUUGGAGGAAUUAAUGGAGAGGCUUCUCAUUCCUUAAAUAAAGGAAAUGAGCUGCUCAGUUAUUUUAGGGAGGAAUGAACCUUCUAGGCAGAAGGAAUAGGGGAAAUGGUGAUGUGAACAGUGAAUUGGAAGACCCAGUGUUCCAGGCACUACAAUGGCUAGGAGGGUAAGACAGAGGACUCAGAAGUAUGGGCCAAGUUGUACUGCACAUGUGGGUCAUCGCGUGGGAACUCCUGAGCCAUUGUAAGGGGUGAGGGUUGUAUCUCAUGUUCAUGGUCUUUGCUCAUAGAAAGAUAGACAAGGGCAAGAUGAGGGCAGCAAGGAGGAGGCCCGGGAGGGUGCCUAUUCAGAGUGCCCCAGGAGGCACCAUUCAUACAUAUUCAACACAAUACAAGUGUGGCUCUGGGGGCUUGGCAGCUUAGGAGUUCUACUGAAUCAGAUUGUAGGUAAUGUGAGGGUGGGACUAACAGGAUUUGCUGAUGCCUUGGAUGUAGGGUAUCCGAUGAACGGAGGAGUAUUCAGAACCUUCAGAGUUCUCUGCCUGAAUUGUGAGAAUAACUGGGUGGCUACAACUUGGCCCUGCAGGGUUCUAGGAUGGUUGACGCCACCAUCACCUGAUCUGAAAUACUGUCGUUAGAUCAGAUAUCUGGGUUGUGUAGAUCUCAGUCCUGCAAUUAUAUCACUGGGUAGGGCUGCACUGUGUCUCCCAGUUCCCUUGGGUUCAUGGAAGAUUCAAGAUUGGGGAUAGGCAGGCAUUGGAAGCCCAGAAGGUGAGGUCAGGGAAAUCCUUGACAGAAUCUAGGGGAAUGUUUUGUGUGAUUCAGUGGCCUCUCUUGUAGGUCAUCACAUUCAUUCUUCAAUCUGAUUUCCUUUUGCCCUUGGUGUUACUUACACAGGAGUUGCUGUGGUGUUCAUCAACUCUGUGCAUUCAGACCUUUUGCUGGUUUUCUGCUCUGGAAUGCUUAACCACUUGGUUCCUUGAGUUCUAGCCCUUUCCCUUCUCAGGCAUCUGUCUGCCUCUGCGUUUGCAGGUUUCAAUGGUGAAAGUUAUAAGGGUAAUUGUAGUUUUGUCAACCAUCUCCUGUCCUUCUUGCCUGUACCUCCUGAAACCCUCUGGAGGCCACAUGCCUACAUCCCCAGCUGUAAGCCACCGAAUCAUGGGUUUGAUGUGCUAGUUGCAGCAAAUAAAUCCACAAAGACCUAAUUAAUCCAAGCUCUUGAGGCCAAGAGAGGUGGCCUGACUUGCUCAAGGUCACUCAGUCAGUGAGUGGUGGGGUUGGACUAAAGGGGUCUCCUGACUCCUGCCAGUGUGCUUUUUCCCCUUCAUUCUGAUCUCAGUAGGAGAGCUCAUACUAAAAUUAAAAUUUGGGAAGGGAGAGCAUUCACUCCUGGACUUUGGGCUUGCCCCUUUAAAGGGGCAAGUCUGUCUUUGUCUUUGGCACAUAGUAUGAUGUUCCUGCGAGGCUCACUUUUUUUUUUAAUCAGGUAAUUGUAACAAGGUCAGUGCCAGAGCACAUUUUGCAGUCUUCGGCCCUCAUUCCCACGUUGGGAAGUGCCUAGCCGAGGCCCCUUUAUAGUUGGUAGAAAGUAAUGGGUUUUGGAUGU